AUGGACUCAAAAGCAUUGUUGCAAAUGCUUACAGAUCCAAAUUUAAUGCAAAAGCUAAAUUUAUUAUUAAAUCAAGAUAAUAUAAUUGAAGAAAAUACAGAUAAUAUUACUAAAGCAAUCGAUAAAACAAUGAAAGAUGAAAAAGAAACAGAUGAUAUCAAAUCAUUAAUUUCAGAAGAUAGCUUUUUAAGAGAACACAAGGAAUGGAGGAAAAAAAUGAAUUUUCAAAAAUAUAAAGUAUGGAUUAAAACAGAAGUAGUUAUGGAAAAAAACUUAAAAGACAAAAUAGAUAUGAUUGAAGAUAUGGAAAAGGCAUGUAAAAUUGAAAUUGACGGAACACAAUUAAAUGAUAGUCCAUUAGGAGCCAAAACAUGUUAUUUUCCAAAAAAUUUAUAUGGAAAAAAGAAAAGAAUGGCAAUAGACUUCUUUGAGAGUAAAGAAGGAAAAGAUCAAGUUAUAAAUUUUGAAUGGACUGCAGGAGAAUUUAAAGUUAAAAUAGUGAAUUUAGCAUCAAAAAUAAGAUUUAAGCAAAAUUCAACAGAAAUUAAUGACUCUACAAAUAAAGAUAUUAUGAAAAUUUUGCAAGAAAUCCAACAAGAUGUACAAGAAAUUAAGGAACAGAUGACAGAUAUAAAUGGAAGAUUAAAACUUGUAGAAGACCAUUGUGCUCAGAAUUGUUAA